UACACUGGUGUAAAAUGGGACAAUCCCACUCUGCCCCGAUUGGGAUUUCUAUAAGCAACUUAACCAUCACUUACGUAGCUAUCACAGUACUCGGUCUAAGAAAGAAUUAAAAAACCUUCUAGAAUGGAUUUUGCUUAAUUUCCCGAAUGCCGAUCGUUCAGCUGUUUUUACCAGAGACUUUUGGGACUCAAUUGGAAAUAGACUUUUUAAUGAUGUUUCACGAUGGGAUCCUGACGCUUGUGAAUUGCUCCCGGCUUACAGAACGUUGGCUGACUUGUUUGCUGCACAGAAGCCCGCGGCGGCCGCUUUUCCGGGCCGUGUGGUUUCUGAGAACCCCAUCCACACUGCUGCGAGUGUGGAACGGGACUCGCCCCCUCCCCCCGCCUGUGCCGCUCGGUACCAGCUCCCCUUUCCCCCCACUCUCCAACCGCAUCCGCCCCCCCCCCCCAGCGGCAUCUUUCGCGGUUGUGGACACCACCGUCGCCAGCCUCUUGCAGAGCCAAGCGGCCGUGCUUCUGCAGGCAGUGCAACCAGCCCUCGCUGCCACGAGUGGCCCACUGCCACUGCCUCCUGCUGGUGCCGCAGCAUGGAAGAUGCCCGUGCCUGUCUCAGACCAUGCCAGCAUGCCUGAGGACUGGGGCGCGGCAUCACUCGCGCGGUGGAACGGAGCAAUCAAAUCCCCGUUCCUGGCCCCAUGGCGCCGCCCCAGCCCAAGCCCCCCCCAGUCGCGGGGAGACGCGCCGGGGCUCCAUGCUGCGGCCCUGCUGCCUCCUGCGCUUGUGGACUAGCGCAGUUCUCUCCCGCGGCCGUGGCCCUGGUUUCUGCCACGGUCCCCGUGCCUGAGCCCUCCAGCCGCGCGGUGGACGCGGCCGCCAUGAUGCCUUGCCAUGCAGACCUCGUGACACGUCCCGCGCAUGCGCAGUUCAUGCUAUCCCCGGACCAGCUGCCCCUUGCCACCCCUGGCACGCCUUUGAUGCAGCCUCGUGCUUCCCACGCACCCCAUGCCGCGGUCUACACCCAGCCGACGUCCCCGCGCCCCCCCACAUCAGCAUCACAGCCCACAGGCCUAGCUGCGGAGCCCCAGCCGCUGCUGCCACUGCCAGCACUUCUGUGUUUGCUGACUCUACCACCAUAUCCAUCCACGCAGCCAGCCCAGCCAGAUCCUGUUACAGCCUCAUCAUAAAUAGGCCUCCCUACGCUGCCUCCUUCGCAGCUUCUGGAAACCCCAGCAUUACAGCCACCAGCAGUUCCUGCAUGACUGCAGCCUCCAGCCGCCCUCCACCCUCCAACAAGUCUGCCUGCAGCACCACAACAUGAUUCUACAGCAUUUUAUGCAUAUCCCUCUGCGUCCUUUCCUCUGCCAGAUCUACAUGCUACAGCUGCAGCCAGAGCUCCAAGAUAUCCUACUGCACGUGCAGGUUCUUCCCAUGUGCCUCUGCUGACAGAUUCCACUCCUCCUGCUCCUCUGCCUCAGCCAGAAGCAGUUCCUGCACCUGGUCCAAGCAGUACCUCACCACAGCUUGGCACAUGAACCAUGCAGUGAGAGGGAGAAGGAUGAAAUGCGGCAGCUGCUUUGACAAAUAAGGACAGACAGAGAACGGUUUCGCCCUUGCAAAUACUAACCCUCUUAUCCCAAAUUUACAAAAAUCCCAGAAAGGUGUUGAUAGUCUCCAACAGAUAGACUAGCAUGGAAUCAGACAUGAUAGUCACAAAGAGGACAGUCUGAAUCCUUGAGCCACGCUUAUGGUAUUCUGUCAGCAACCCGGUGGUCCUAGAGCAUGGACAGCUAUUCCUUCCCAGGUUGCGAAAAGCAAUAAAUGAUGGUGAAGGACUCAAGUGGGUCCCAGCAAAGAAUGUGAAGCCCUACCACACACUGAAAUCCGCUGCCACGCCUGCACCAGGCAGUACUUCAGCAAGUACAAGCCAAGAAGCAAGCACCCAGACCUGAACUGCGCAGAGUCAUCAAGAGAAAAUGACCUGCCAGAAACAGCCUGAGAAAAGAAUGGAGUUUCAUUGUUUGCAUGCGUGCAUGUUGCUUUUUUUCUUUUGUUUUAGUUUUUAUAUUUAGUAGUAAUUGUAGUUUUAGUAGCAAUACCCUGUAUACAUCAGAGUGUGCAGAAAAUAGUGAUUAGGUCAAUAUCUAAUAUCUUUAGUUGUUCAUCAGAAUGGUGGAGAUGUUGGGAAGGAUGAAUAAAUAUGAUUGCCUGA